AUGGAUCAGCUCUCGCCCACCCAUCUCGGCCUACUGUAUAUUGGGUUGGGGGUCCUAGGGUUUGGUUGCAAUGCCACCACGGCUUUGAUGAUCAUUUCCAGACGGGUCUUCAGGCUCUCCGCCUACACAAUGAUGGCCAAUGUCGCUUUGGCCGACGCGAUCAUGGCUGUGGUAGCCGGGAUUGUCUGCGGUUUUGUGACAAUCGCCAAUGAUGGAGAACUCCAAACCAACGGGACCAGUGAGCUUAACAUAUCAUCGUCUUCUAUGGAACGGUAAAUCAUUUCAUUUUACAAUAUCAUCGUUUUUGUUGUUAUGCUUCCAGAAGAACAACUCGAGCGAUUAUCCCGACCCCGGAGCACUUUCUUCAGAUGAACGUGGCCGGGAAAGCGGAUCGCACUUCCCCUCAGGACAUGCUCCAGGCGACUCUGGUCUUCCUCGAGAUCGCGUCAUGGAUAGCCGGGGUCGUAAGCUAUGCUUAUCUGGGCCUCAACAGAUGUGUCGCGAUAUGCUUUUAUGGCACCAAGGCCAAGACUUUUAAUCGGGUUUCUGUAGCGAUUAUCGCUUCUAUAUCAACAUGGGCUGCGGGAAUUUUGGCAGGUAAUUUUGAUGGCUAAACGGUACUUUUUGAUGACUAUAUAUUAAUGCCAGCUAAAUAUGAAUGAAGCAACUUUAAUUGUAAUCCGAUUCCAGCAUGUAUGGGUACGUUUUCUUUCUCCGCUUCCGAGGGGCCUUUGGACAUGUGGUCCGUAAGUUUCACAACCAAGAAACGGCCACCUUCUACUUGUUUUAUUGUAAUCGUCUUGUCCAUAAAUAUAAUCAGCGUGCUGAUGCAAUGGGUUUGCUCGACUCUGGUGCUGAUGAAGAUCAGACAAGUCAAACAGAAAAUCAACAAGAAUAAACUCAACCAGAACAGUGCAAAUCGCUUCAGGAAACAGGUUCGUGCGCGGUCCCACGAGCAAGAAAAUACGAUUUCCUUUUGCAGGCCCGACUAACAUUUCAAUUCUUCUACCCGUCCCUGUUGUGCACCAUCUCUUCGACCCUUUACUUUGCCAAACCUUACAUGCGCGAACUUCUCUCCGAGCCUCAUUUCGUAGUCCUGCACAUGGUAAGUGAGAUGGAUGGGUUAAACAUUUCCUAAUUAGGGGCAAUUAUUAUUCCAAUUAUCCUCCAAUUGUCAAAGUUGUCAUGCCCGUCAUGUCACGGCUUUAUUUACCAACUUGGCUCAAUGAGAAUUGUAUUCUUUUUAUAGAUAUGGCUUUCGAACCAUUUCUGUAAUCCCUUUAUCUACGCGUACUUCAACGAGAGAAUGCGGUUGACAUACCACGAGAUUCUAACCUGUGCAAGGGUUCGAUAUUACAUCAGAAAACAUCGGAAACAACGAGGAUUCCAGAGGCAAAACAGUCGGGCGACUAUGUCCAGGCAAGUCGAUAGCAAAUAUAAUUAUAUCGAAUGUCUAGACGAUCUCAUGGAGCCAGAUCAAAUCGGAUGUCGACGAGGUCAGCAAAGUCUCAACGGAAUGGAAACUUUGUGAGAAACAGCCUUCAGAUGCAAAGUCGGGACUUUGAGCAGUUAUGUGAAUUUAUGAUGAGAGUCAAUCCAUUAUACGACAGUAGUGAAGGAUGGAGAGAGAGUAGUGAGGAGGAUGAAAACGAGUCCAAUGGAAGACCAUUGGAGACCAGAAGCGAGGGCCUUCAUGUGCAUCGGGAAUCACGGUCCAUCGUCCUCGAUCUGGGCCGCCAGACCGUCGAACACUGGGCGCGAUUCGCGAAGAAAGCCAGUAUUUGA